GAGGAGGUUUUUAUGUUCACCGAUUCUCGCCGUCGUGUUAAUCAAUUUGGCGGGACAAAAGGUAACCAGCACGGCACUGUUUUCCUUGACGUAUUUACAGCGCUCUUACGGAUCACAGGCCAUACUAGACCACUGUGUGACUUAUGAGCUACGAUUCAGAACAGGAGUAGCUACAUUGACAGUGUGGAUAGAUAUGAAACUGGAAGAACGUUUUUGGCACAGCACGAAUAAUCGAAAGUGGAAACUGUUAUAAGCCGAAGUAACCAACAGCAGAUAGUGCUGAUUUACUUCGUUCGCUCGGAAGUGCGGAAGCAACCACUUCGAACAUAUUUGUGACUGUCCAAAGUCCAUUUUAUAACUUCUGCUGGAUGCUAGAGAGCUCGAGUUGCAGCCGUGUUAAGUACAUCUCUCGUCUUCGCCGAUUUCACUCGCAAGUGCAAUGCGAGAUCGUCUGCUGCCUCCCGCGACCUUCGGAGUGAUAACGUUCACCUCACCAAAAGUGGGCACAGCCCAUUCAGGCGUGUCAGCAUCCAUUUGUCAACGCUGAGCCAUCUGGGCUACCUGAACUUUCCGACACGUCAACAACGCUCAUCUAUCAGCCUGCGACCCGUUCCGUGCCCUCUGUACGUCUUCAUCGACUGUUGCUAACCUCGCUCGCACCCCUCGGCGUUUGGUGUUGCUUCGAGUGCUCCCUCGCAGUGAAUGUGCUAAGUGAUUGUGGUGCGUCUCUCAGUGUGGGGAUUGGAGAGGGGAAAUACGGGAUAACGAGCGUCUGGUUUCACGGCACGCCGGUGCCGGACGAAUUGAAUUGUGACGUGUAAAGCCACCUACCGUGUUAUCGUGACCACGCCCUUUUCGUAUUCAGCGGGGAACACUAUGGACUACGAGGCGCAGUGUAGCACUCUCACUUUGAAAAACGUGAUGUUUACGUUCGGAGUUCCGUGACGGAAUCAACCGGCAGUAAUCUAAACGUUUUAUUUCCGGUUGCCCCCCGUGACUUGGUUGUUCCAUGCAAGGUGUGUGUCGCUUUUGUAAAAUACACUUUUAGGUAUUGAACUGGUAAAAACAUGAAAGCGAUGCAGCGAGUGGAAGUGAUCGCGAGUGUGAAGGUGGAUUGUGGAGGGUUGGGGGACGCGCAAGCCCCGGCGGAAACCGAGCCUGCUGCCCGCGGGUUGCGAACUUGCGAACCGCUCCUUCCGCCCGACAGCAAACGGACUGCCGGUGACGUGUCAGAGGUCCCCAGUUCGACUCUACGCCUUCUGGCCGUUCUGCUCAUCCUGUUGCCCUUGGGUCCUAGUUGCUGCUGCGCGCAAGGGACGCAGGGAACUGAGGAAAUCGAUCAAGGUGAUAAUGCCGGUGAUGAGUGUGACGAGGAUGGUGUGUGUGUCGAACAUGAGUGUGAUGGUGAUGGCGAGUGUGUCGAAGAUGAGUGUGACGGUCCCUUGCAAGAAGUGAGCGCGGUGGUGGGCGGGACGGCGCUGCUGCCGUGUGACAUCGUGCCCCCGCUGCCCAAUGACAGCGUCAUCCUCGUCAUCUGGUUCAAGAACGAGUGCCCCCACAGAUGCCCACCAUCAUAGACGAGCGCGGUCGAGAACUGCCGUCGGUCGCUGGGCCCUACACGGAAGGCUCCUCCAUGAAGCUGACGUGUGUCGUUCGCGGAGGUCGUCCGUCGCCGGCGGUGCGAUGGUGGCGCGGCGAGCGGCUGCUGGACGCGCACGAGCUGCCCAGCCCGUUCCCGCAGGUGCGCCAGAGCCAGCUGCUGGUGGAGCCGCUGACGCGCGCCGACCUGCACACGGUGUACACGUGCCAGGCCACCAACAGCGCGCUCACGCCGCCCGCCUCCGCGCGCGUCUCGCUCGAGAUGCACCUGCGCCCGCUCGGGGCCUCCAUUAUUACGCCCCGCCAGCCCCUGUCCGCGGGCCGCCGCAUCGAGGUGGACUGCAUGGCUUCGGGGUCGCGGCCGGCGGCCAAGCUCUCCUGGUGGCUCGACAACCAGGCGCUCGUCGGCAGCGUCGACAAGAUCCUGGGCGAAGGCAACGUGACGACGUCAACCGUGCGGCUCACACCGUCCGCCGCCGACAACGGGAAGACGCUCACCUGCCGCGCAGAGAACCCGUCGCUGCCCGCGGGCGUCGAGGAGGACACGUGGCGCCUCGACGUGCAUUUUGAACCCGUGUUGCGCCUCCAGCUGGGAGCGAACCUCAACCCUGACGACAUCGAGGAGGGAGACGACGUCUACUUCGAGUGCAAAGUGCACGCCAACCCGUAUGCUUACAAAGUCAUCUGGAAGCAUAACGGUCGCAUCGUGCAGCACAGCCCCAAGGCCGGGGUCCUCCUCAUGGACCGGGACCUGGCGCUGCAGGGCGUGCGGCGCGAGCAGGCGGGCAACUACAGCUGCUUCGCCAGCAACGUGGAGGGCGACGGGGAGUCCAACGCCGUCCCGCUGCGCGUCAUGUACGCCCCGGUGUGCCGCGCGGAGCAGCGGCGCGUGUACGCGGUGGCGCGGCUGGAGCGGGCGCACGUUAAGUGCGAGGUGGACGCGUACCCGCCGCCCGACUCCUUCCGCUGGAGCUUCAACCACUCGGGCGCCGGCGACGCGGCCGUGGAGCUGCCCGAGGCGCACUACAGCUCGGCGCCCGACCCCACCGGCGCCUCCACGCUCUCCUACGCGCCAGCCUCCGAGCUGGACUACGGCACGCUGCUGUGCGCGGCCGCCAACACCGCCGGCCAGCAGCGCGAGCCCUGCGUCUUCCACAUCGUCGCGGCGGGGCACCCGGAGCCGCCGCUCAACUGUUCUUUGGCCAACCAGACGACGGGCUCGCUGGAGGUGGAGUGCGAGGAGGGCUUCGACGGGGGGCUGCCGCAGACCUUCCAGCUGGAGGUGUUCGACCUGGAGAGCGGGCUACUGGCCGCCAACGUCUCCUCGCGCUGGCCGCGCUUCCUCGUGGAGGGGCUGCGCGCGGGCCGCGUGCUGCGGGUGCACGCCUACGCGCUCAACGCCAAAGGGCGCAGCGAGCCCUUCGCCCUGGAGGGCUUCACGCUCAAGCAGGCCGAGAAGCGCACCGGGUCCCCGGUGGCGCUGGAGCUGACCCCUCUGCUGGCCACGCUGCUGGGGGCGCUGGCGGCGCUGCUGCUGGUGGGGGCGGCGGUGGUGGCG